AUGGAAAAACUCUCUGGGCUGAGCCACCUUUUCAUUACAGUCUUUUUGUACAACUUCUCCACGUUCAUGGUGGUUCCGGCCAUCACCGACGUAACCAUGUCAGCGCUUUGUCCCGGACAAGAUGAGUGUUCACUCACCAUAUACCUCUGCGGAAUUCAACAAGCGAUCACAGGGUUGGGGACACUGGUGAUGAUGCCUCUGAUGGGCAAUCUGUCCGACACUUAUGGAAGGAAAGUAAUGCUCACUCUCCCUAUGACUCUCACCAUUAUUCCCUUAGGAAUAUUAGCAUACAGCAGGACAGCCGGUUUCUUCUAUGCUUACUUCGCGAUUAGUACUCUCACCUCCAUGUUUUGUGGAGGAAGUGUUGCGUGCAUUGCCCUCGCUUAUGUGGCGGAUAAUAUUCCGGAGAAUCGACGGGCAUCGGCGUUUGGAAUCCUAUCCGGCAUUUCAUCCUGUGCUUUUGUCUGCGGAAACCUGUUUACUCGUUUCAUCUCCACACCCACGGCUUUCCAAGUGGCAACAGCAAUGGCGAUGGUAUCACUAGUGUACAUGAGAAUUUUCCUUAAAGAGUCGAUCACGGAGCUGGGAGUUUCUACAAAGGCAACAGAGAAUGAUAGUCUUUUGGACAAAGGUCCUACAAAAAACGUUAGACUAUUCAAAAUAUUGUCUUUGUUUCAAGAUACUAUGAGUUUGUUGAGGAGUAGCUCGACAUUUUCACAAGCAGCUAUUGUCGCAUUCUUUACAAGCCUCGGGGAAUUUGGCCUCUAUUCUGCUUUAAUGUUCUUUUUAAAGGCCCAAUUUCACUUCGAUAAAGACCAGUUUGCUGAUUUAAUGAUCAUCAAUGGGGUUGCAGGGACCAUAUCCCAGAUGGUUCUUAUGCCCCUAUUGGUUCCUCUCAUAGGAGAGGAGAAGCUGCUCGCAACAGGGCUCUUUUUUAGUUGUAUACAUAUCGUGCUUUACAGCAUCGCAUGGUCCUCCUGGGUCGCUUAUGCUGCUGCCAUGUUCUCUGCUCUGGCUGUUUUUGGGGGACCAUGUUUACGGAGCAUUGUUUCCAAACAAAUUGGGCCCAGUGAGCAGGGUAAGGCUCAAGGAUGCAUUGCUGGCAUUGCUUCGGUUGCGAAUAUUGUUUCUCCCUUGGUUUUCAGUCCUCUGACAGCUUUGUUCCUGUCCGAUAAUGCGCCAUUUCAAUUCCCUGGUUUCAGCAUUUUGUGUGCUAGCUUUGUGGUGAUGAUAGCCUUCAUUCAGAGCAUCUGGAUGAGGGCACCACCUCCAAUUUCAAGCUGCGGGAUCAGCUCCAACUGUGUGUUAGUUUAA